AUGCUACAAAGCAAAUUAAGUGUAAACCCCAAUACAGGAAGUGGCAUAUAUAAUCCCAGGAGUAUCCCAGUGCAGGAAGUGGCACAUUUACAGAGUAUCCCUGUACAGGAAGUGGCACAUUACCAGAGUAUCCCUGUACAGGAAGUGGCACAUUCCCAGAGUAUCCCUGUACAGGAAGUGACACAUUCCCAGAGUAUCCCUGUACAGGAAGUGACACAUUCCCAGAGUAUCCCAGUACAGAAAGUGACACAUUCACAGAGUAUCCCAGUACAGGAAGUGGCAUAUUCCCUGAGUAUCAGUGACAUCAUCCCUGAUUAUCCAAAUACAGGAAGUAACACAUUCUCAGAGAACCCCAAUACGGGAAGUGACACAUUGCCAGAGUAUUCCAGUACAGGAAGUGACAUAUUCCCAGAGUAUCCCAGUACAGGAAGUGACACAUUCCCAGAGUAUCCCUGUACAGGAAGUGACACAUUCCAAGAGUAUUCCAGUGCAGGAAGUGACAUCAUCCCUGAGUAUCCAAGAGCAGGAAGUAACACAUUCUCAGAGAACCCCAAUACAGGAAGUAACACAUUCUCAGAGAACCCAAAACAGGAAGUGACACAUUCCCAGAGUAUCCCUGUACAGGAAGUGACAUAUUCCCAGAGUACCCAGUACAGGAAGUGA